UAAAUAUCUUAACGUUCGAGAGUUUUCUUAACACUGUAGUACUAACUUAACCCAUCACACUGUAUGAAUUUCCAUUUUCGAACUAUAAAAUGCAGUUCUGUUUAUAUUUUUUGUUGCAUUGGUUAACCUUGAGCUUGGCCAAUGAAACCUCUCUCGAAGAGUUCAUCUCUGGUAACAACUUGUUCACGACAUCGUUAUACAAACAAAUCACCACCAAAGAAAAAAGUAAUUUCCUCGUAAGCCCUUUAUCGGUUGAAAUCGUACUCUCCCUAACCCAAUUAGGAGCCAAAGGUGCCACUGCCGAAGAAGUCAGAACCGCCCUCCACCUCCCUAACUCUCAAGAAAAAAUCGAAGAUGCUGUGAAAACCCUUCAACCAAUUCUGGCCAAGACCGACCUCUACACCAUCCAAUCCGCGAAUAAAAUCUACAUUAAAAACAAUUUCGAGAUUAAAGAUGAAUUCAAGAAAUCGGCUACAGUUUUCGAUUCGGCUUUCGAAACAAUCGAUUUCGUGCAAAAAGAUGCAGCCACUGAUACUAUGAACGGAUGGGUGGAAGGUCGUACCAACCACAAAAUCAAGAAUCUGAUUAAACCGGAAGACUUGAGUAAUGACACGAGAGCGAUUUUAAUCAAUGCGUUGUAUUUUAAAGGGAACUGGUCGAUUCCUUUUCAGGCAAUUUCCAAGAGAGAUUUUUAUAGAGCAGGUGUGGAAAAAAUUCAGGUGGACACCAUGCAUGCUGUUAUGUCCCAGAAUUAUUACGAGAGUCAAGAACUAGAUGCCAAGUUUUUGGAACUACCGUUUGAAGGAGGUGAAGUUACUUUGACGGUGGUACUACCGAACGAAAGGAACGGGCUGGCGGUUCUUGAAGCUCAGCUGGAGAAAAUUUUCCAAAACCCUUCUUACACUACGGAGAAUGUUAGAAUAGCUCUACCCAAAUUCAAAGUUGAAAGUGAGAUAGAUCUGAAAGGGAUACUUCAAGAGUUGGGUGUUAACUUAAUUUUUAGAGAGGGUCAAGCCGAUCUGAGUGGAAUUGCAGGCAACAAAGGGGAGCUUUUUGUUGAUAAGGUACGACAGAAGACUUUUAUUGAUGUUAGUGAAACAGGAGUUGAAGCUGCGGGUGCAACUUUCGUUGAAAUUGUUAAUAGGAUCGUUGGGACUAACUACAAGAAAGCUUCGAAAGAAUUCAUAGCUGAUCACCCAUUUUUCUUUUAUAUUAAAUUAAAAAAUUUGGUGAUUUUCGCUGGAAGAGUCGUGGAUGCGAGUUUAUAAAAGUGUGGUGAAUUGUAACUACCAUUUGUUCCAAUAAAAGCAAAGGCAAUUAA